UUAAUACGUAUGAAGGAGUUAUAUAAGUCUGCUAACAAGGACGUUCGACGACGUAGUGGUGGACGUCGAUAGUGGGUAACUGUGACCGUAUUUCAUGUUAAAAAGUAUUGCUAUAUCUAGUGUAACGUAAGAACGGCAUACGUUCAAGGUGGACAAAGGAUCAAUGAUUUGAAUAGAGGAAACAUUAUAAUGGAUGUUAUUGAGACGGUAGAAAUCAAGGAUGAGUUUGGCAACACCAUCCAGUAUUCCUUGUAUAAAGGGCAUGUGUUCCCUCCUCAUGUCCCAACUAACGCCCGGGACUUAGUAACCAACACUGCCCAGCUCAAAUGUCGACAGGAGGACGUGUUGCUAUACACUUACCCGAAAUCUGGAACACAUUGGAUGUACAACAUUCUACACAUGUUCCUGACAGGAACAAUGACAUAUGCGAAUCCCACGUAUCUGGAAUUCAACGAUAUUGACAUGAUAAACACCAUGCCCUCUCCGAGGCUGUUUACAACACAUCUAGAGGUGGAUCUAUUUCCGGACGACAUUAAAAACGGCAAAGGCAUAGUUGUCAACAUCAUCCGGAAUCCUAAAGACGUCGCUGUUUCCUACUACUGCUUUUUGAGCGCUAUGAAGAGUGUAGGAUUUACAGGAGACUUCAGUGGCUUUCUUCACUUCUUUCUUAAGGAGGAAUUUUUCUUCGGGAACUGGUUUACUGCCAUCAAACAUUGGAUCGAUAUUAAGAAAACAUACCCAAAGAUGAAAACGAUCACACUUUACUAUGAGGAUCUGAAACGAAAUACGCUUUCAAAUCUUGAGAGAGUUGUGGAGUUUCUUGGCGUAUCUAGAGAUGAAGAAUUCUGCAGAAAGGUGAUGGCUGAAACAGACUUCACUAAAAUGAAAAAGAAGCAUGAAUCAAAAAGCUGUGAACAUUUUAAGACUGUUACCAAAGAUGGAGUUCUGCCUGUCUACAGGAAAGGUGACGUAGGAGACUGGAAGCAAUGGUUUACUCCAGAACAAAACAAACAUUUUGACCGUGUUUACAAGGAAAGGCUAGCAGGAUACAACGUAGAUUUGGUAUUUGAGUAAAAACUCAACGGUUGGUUUAAGCACCAUACAAAACAUAGUUACAGUCAGAAAGUGUACCGAACCAUUAAUACUCAGACGUUAUCCAAAUUAAGGUCAAGGCAACAAUGGAAAGGAAAGGCAGCAUACACCCUAACAGGAAACGGAAACGGACGCUGAAACGACGUGUUCAAGAAGAAAAAGUGUAACACUUGUCAUUAUGUCUUCCAUUGCCCCUAUCGAAAUCGUAAUAGUAGGUAUCAAGGAUCUAGUGCGUGAAUAAUUAUCCAUAGUAAAAACUGAAAUCUCAAAAUGAUAUUGUAUAUUACAUAGUAUUGAUGAAAAGGUAGCAUGCUUAAAAAAUACUUUUACAGCAUAAGGUACGAGGGCCAUUCAAUUGUAAUAGGGUGAUCACUAUCCUGUUUUAUAUAAUUUGUAUGUAUGCAUGUCUGUUUGUUUGUGCCCAAAUUGUUUAGAGUGUGUAAAAGAGAUAUGUGUGUGUUAAAGGUUACAGGGAGUGAUUAUUUGAUUACUUACCUGUAUUUCUAUUUUUUUCAAACCCCCAAGCGGCGCAAAGCGCCGCCGGGGUUUGAUCUGUAAACACUUUGUCCACUUCCGGUGCUUCCCCAUGCGUGAAAGCCUUCUGGGAAAUUAAGGCCGCAUACUGUCUGCAAAAAUAUGUUGGUAAACCCUACCGUAUCGGUAUUGAUUGCAGUUUACUUGUAAAAUAUCUGUAUCUGUAUCUAUAUUUAGAUGAAGUGACGGCAGUAUAAGUGGUUGAGCUGUUUACCUUUGCAGCAUGCAUUGUUGUUUUUACAUAACUACACAAUUAAUAUCAUUUUUGUCUGGAAAUCUUACCAGAUAUACUAGCAAACGGCAAAAUUGCAGUGAAAACCCAUUCAAAGUGGCGCUUUGUAUUGUUGUCAAGCAUGACGUCAUUAUAAUUUGGCGUCAAAAACUACGUUAUACAUUCCCACGCUUUUCUGAUGUAGCAAUAUUUGCGCAGCGAAACGUGAAAGAAAUGUAAGAAAUAGAAAAUGUCAUGGUUUUCCCGUUCA